GAAAAUCGUUCAAAAUGCCGCAAUUCCGCGAAGAAUACUAUUGUCCGUUUCGUGCGUCUCCAGAGUUGUCUCCUUCAUUUUCGAUCGGAUGGAGUUGCCAGUCUGCAAUACAAGAUUGCAUAAGGAAGUGCAAAAUGAGUUAUGUCUCUUGAGUAAGUUCACUGUAGUAGGAAAAUGUAGUUUGGCCUUCAAAGAGUUUUAUGAGGUUGGCUUAAUUGAAAAAAAACAUACGUUUCUCGCGAAGAUUGAAGAUGCCGAAGAAGGCGGUCGUCGUUUGAAGGAGGCAAUUGCCACUAUGGUGGGGGAGUCACAUCCUGCUUUAUUUAGGAUGCAUUACAAGGAGAACCAGGACGGUACAAAACGUGCUGGCCAUUGCUUGGCGAUUAUGUCAGAUGGUGAAUUUAUAGAAGUUAAGGAGAAACGUCCGUGGAAGCCAGAGCAAGAUCAACUCUGGAAAAGUGUUAACCUGAUCGAAGUUUGGAAAGUUGGAAAAAAGGCUGCUGAAGAAUGGGAGAAGAAAUGUGGACUAAAAAUAUGCAUACGUGAGUUCAGGCACUCGCGCAAUGCAAAGGAGAAACACACGUAAAUUACAUUUCAUGCCUGAUUGAAUUUUUGCUUGAAUCAGGAAUCACCGUUUCGACGUCUAAGAGACUGAUGUGUUCUGUGUGACUUUUUAAACAUUUCCGAAACGUGUACGCAUUCUUAUAUUAUGUUCUUGUAAUCGAUUGCUUUGUACAUAUACAUAGAUACAUAAUCACCAUCUGCAUUAUUUUUUUACCGUAAUAUUUCGUAAGUUGUUUUAAUAAAGUUGUAUUCUUGCAUGGAAAAAAGUUUUGAUCUAGGUGCUUGUGUUUUAUUGAAGGGCUAUUCAGGGACGCCGGAACGAUAAUAGGGCAAAGGGGGGCGGACGCACACCAAGGGCACCUUUACUGAAAAAUUUUUUUUCACUGCAAAAUUUUUUGGCCUUCUCCCCCCCCCGUCGCCAAAAAAAUUUCGGUCAGUGUACCAUUUUAGGGGUCAAAAAUUUUUUCCGGACAUACAAAAAUUUUCCGUGAAGCCAAAAAUUUUUCCGGAUAUCUUAAAUUUUCGCCAUUUCUUCAAAACAUUUUUCUAAAUUCCAAAUUUUUAUAAAUAUAAACUAUAAAUUACCUGAAUCUCGUGAUUUUCCUACAAAAAGCAUCGUUGGAAAUGUGAUUUAUCAC